ACGUGUUUCGUAUUGCUGGGAGCUGGAACCGGCACCGACGCGGAAGUCUAGGUGAACAGCUUCCCGGAGCUUCCGAGGGAGGUAAGCCGGAGCCAUGGAGGGCCAGAGCGUGGAGGAGCUGCUGGCAAAGGCAGAGCGGGACGAGGCGGAGAAGCUGCAGCGCAUCACGGUGCACAAGGAGCUGGAGCUGGAGUUCGACCUGGGGAACCUGCUGGCCUCGGACCGGAAUCCCCCGACGGCGCUGCGGCGCGCAGGGUCGGCUCCGGAGGCCGAGCUGCGGGCUCUGGCGCGGGACAACACGCAGCUGCUCAUCAACCAGCUGUGGCAGCUGCCCACGGAGCGCGUGGAGGAGGCGCUGGUGGCGCACCUGCCGGAGCCCGCCACCCGCCUGCCGCGCGAGAAGCCGCUGCCCCGGCCGCGGCCCCUCACGCGCUGGCAGCAGUUCGCGCGCCUCAAGGGCAUCCGCCCGAGGAAGAAGACCAACCUGGUGUGGGACGAGGUGAGCGGCCAGUGGCGACGCCGCUGGGGCUACCAGCGCGCCCGCGACGACACGAAGGAGUGGCUGAUCGAGGUGCCCGGCGGCGCCGACCCCCUGGAGGACCAGUUCGCCAAGCGCCUGCAGGCCAAGAAGGAGCGGGUGGCCAAGAACGAGCUGAACCGGCUGCGCAACCUGGCCCGCGCGCACAAGAUGCAGCUGCCCAGCGCGGCCGGCCUGCACCCCACCGGCCACCAGGACCGGGACGAGCUGGGCCGCGCCAUGCAGGUGGCCAAGGUCUCCACCGCCUCGGUGGGGCGCUUCCAGGAGCGCCUGCCCAAGGAGAAGGCGCCCCGGGGCUCCGGCAAGAAGAGGAAGUUCCAGCCGCUCUUCGGGGACUUUGCAGCCGAGAAAAAGAACCAGCUGGAGCUGCUGCGAGUCAUGAACAGCAAGAAACCUCAGCUGGACGUGACCAAGGCCACCAAUAAGCAGAUGAGGGAAGAGGACCAGGAGGCGGCGGCCCGGAGAAGGAAAAUGAGCCAGAAGGGCAAGCGGAAGGGCGGGCGACAGGGCCCCGGGGGCAAGCGGAAAGGGGGCCCUCCCAGUCAGGGAGGGAAGAGGAAAGGGGGCUUGGGAGGCAAGGCGAAUCCCAGGCCUUCAGGCCCGGGUGGCAAAAGGAAAGGGGGGCAACACCCAGGAGGGAAGAGGAGAAAAUAAAUUUCACCCUGCAGCCCGCCUGCAGACCGUGAACUGUUGAGUUCUGGUACUUUGGGGGACAAGGACUACGGUGCAGAAAAGAUGGCCACUGCCUUGCUGGAGGUGGCAGUGACCAGCGGCCUCGAAGACUUAGUUUUCCUCACAACCAGCACUGGCGGGGGAUGCAAGGAUGUGCUUGAGCACUUAGAAAGUAGGGAAAGUAUUUGAUGGAGGCUGGAAAAGAGUUAGUUCAACAUCCACCCUUUUCUUUUUAGUUUUGCAUAUACGGUGAAGGGGUUGACCUAAUUUUAGAGACUUAGAGAUUGACGUGUACAUCUGCAUUAUUUUUGUAACAGAUUUGUGUAUUUAUCAAAGUAGAAGUAGAAAAUAAGGAAAGAUUACAAUUUCUGAACUGGAGCGACAAGUAACUUGUACAAGCUAUUAAUUAAAGUGU